AACACGGUAAAGAACGGUGCAAUAAAAAAUCGCUAAAAACGAAAGUAAAAAGAGUGAAAAUCCUUUGCUUUCAAAUAAAUCUGUAGUGAAUGGCCUAAGUGUGCCUAAGAGGCCUAAUUGCAGUUGUAAAUAUAUUUUACAUCUAAGGUUUAAAAGUGAAAACCAAAGAGUGUCACAAGUGCAUGAAGUGGCUAACGCUACUUUUAAAACAGAAAUCUAGGAUUUUCAAAACAAAAAAAAAAUUAAUAAAUUAAUAAUAUUAAAUAAUUAAUCUAAAUUUAAUAUAUUAAAUUAAAAAUUACAAUCAGUUUUUAAAAAAUCUCACAACGUAAAAUUUUUCAAAAUGAGUGGCGUUCUGCGACGUGGUUCAUUGAAUUUCGAUUGUAAUUUGAAUGGUCGAUAUUCCCGUGGUAGUAUUGAUACGAAUUUAUAUGGCGGCUAUCGUGAUACUAAGCCACGUACGCCGGAAAUCAGUGUGAUCGCUUUAGAUUUUCGUCGUUACUCGGAGGAUUUGAAAAAGGACUCACUAAAAACGAUUGUGAAUGAAUGCGUGCCGCCAGCUAAUGGAGACUUAAGUCAAGAUGUCGAUAGCGAUGUAAUUUCAAAUUUUAUUGGUCAUAAUGGCAGGUGGCAAUUUAUUUGGACAUUUUUGCUCACACUCUUUCAAAUACCACCCACAUUCCAUUUAUUCGUAUACACUUUUCAGACCACCACCAAGGACUUCUGGUGCGCGCGCCCAGACAAUGCCCCCGAUAUGGAUGUGUCGCUAUGGAGGAAUCUCAGUCAACCAAGCGGUCCGUGUUCAAUACUUAAUCUGAAUUAUUCUCAGCUACCUGAACUUUCCACUACCGCUGCGCCUACUCUACUCAUUCCAUGCACCAACUUCGAGUUCUCCUGGGAUGAUGGCAAUGCCCGCACCAUAAUUCAGGAAUUCAACUUGGUGUGCAGUCACCAGCAGUUAGUUAGUGUUGUGGAAAUGUGCUUCUUAGCUGGAGCAGCGGUGGGUAGUGUUUCGAGCGGUUGGAUUUCAGAUCGUUUCGGACGCAAACAUACUCUGAUGGCGUUCGUGUUGGUACAACUGGUUUCUGGUACUUUACAAGCUUACGCGGGCAAUUUGGCCAUGUACAUGACGCUGCGUGUUUUAACUGGGUUUGCGUCGAUGACAGUGACGGUAGUUAGUUUCGUGCUCGUCGUCGAAUUAGUUUCUGGCAAAUGGCGUACCAUCACGGGCAUUUUAAAUAUUCUACCAGUUCCGAUUUCCUACAUCCUAAUGGCUUGUAUAGCAUAUUUUGUUCGAGAUUGGCGGCAUUUACAAUUGGCCAUUUCACUGCCAUGGCUGAGCUUAUUGACGAUUUGGUACUGCAUGCCAGAAUCACCCCGCUGGUUGCUCGCACAAGGCUGCCUCAAUGAACUGUAUUCACUGAUCGAACGUGCUGCCCGCCUAAAUAAUCGCACACUGCCACCGAACUAUCAGAAAACAUUGGAAGCUGCUGCACCGCCGCCAAGCAGCGUAACAACACAAAAGCUCAGCAAAGAAGGAGCUAUUGACAAAGAACAGCUUGGCAUCACACAAUUGCAGCAACAACAACACCAAACACCAACCGCCUUUAUGGCGGCCCCAGAAGUUGGUCUCAACAACAUUUGCCCGAUUGAUCCCAGCGCUACCGAGGCUAAUCCCACCACUCAUGACAAUCCAUUGAAGGUGGUAUUUAAUCGAUUUUAUUGGCGCACAACUUGUCUGAAUUUGGUUGUUUGGUUGACUUUGAUUAUCGUCUAUUAUGGACUAACAUUGCAUUUGAGCAAUUUGGGCGGUGACAUCUACUUGAAUACGAUCGUCGCCGGUGCAAUAGAAGCGCUUUCAGUUUGUAUUAGCAUUUUUGUGGUUUUGAAAGUGGGCUUACGGCGCAGUCUCAUAGCUUAUAUGCUUGUGCCAGGGCUUUGUUGCUUAGCGACAAAUCUCGUGCCAACCAGAGAUGACAACCAAACGACAGUUAUAGCUAUGGCCAUAAUCGCGAAAUGCGUUAUUGGCGCCAACAAUGCCAUCAUACCAUCAUACACGGCCAUGCAGUAUCCGACAGUGGUGCGUAACUUUGGUGUCGGUUUGGGCAAUUUGGCAGCGGGUGUUGCGCUCAUUUUGGUACCGUACAUGUGGCUGUUGGAAAGCAUAGACGCUCUGCUGCCAAUGAGUAUAAUGGGUGUGAGUGGUAUUAUCGGUGCUAUUUGCUUGUACCUAAUGAAGGAUGUGGAGCAUUGAGGGCGCGUUAGCGACUAUUUUUUGAGUUUUAGAUACUUUUUCUAACAUCCCGUGGAUAAAAGGCACGAGCAAUGGCAUAAGUGGGCAACAACAAAGCAACUAAAAAAUAAUAAUUUAAAAUAUUGACAAACGUUUCGACGCUGUUUAAACUGUGAUAAUCGUAUUUGGAGUAGUUGGCAAACGCGAAGAAAUUGCGGAGUUUUGUUGAAGAAGAGUGAGAAAUAAGUGUCUUAGUUUAAGUGAGAAUAUGAAAAUUUAAUCAGGAGCAAAGUAUUUUUUAAUUGAACAAAACAAAACUUUCAUUACAAUACGAGUUUUUUGCGAUAUUUUGUAAAGGAUUUUUCUUACAAAAUACGUUUCAUAAACGUUCAUGUUUCUGUUUACACUGCACACUAGACUUAAAUCUAAAAUUUAAAAAAAAUUAUGAAAAAUUCAUUGUGCAUAUGGUUGGAUGGUUGGCCAAAAAAUAUUUAAUAAUGAAUAGAAAUAUGAUAUUUAAUGCUUUUUUCCUGCCUAUUAUUGCAAAAGCGCAUUUUCACCUUUAGAAAUAAUCCUGAAUUAAUUCAAAAAUUUAAUGAGCGGCAUCAUUUGUCCGAUCUUCCUAGAAAAUAAUAGUACGAGACGCAAAAAAAUGUCGAUGAAAUAUUAUGUUUUAUAUAAAAAAAGCUUUUGAAGCUGCCAAAAAACAAUCACACAAACGGAGCAUACUGACAAAGUGGUCGAAAUACAAAUAUCAUUUAAAAAAUAUACAAAUAAAAUAAAAAGCCUUUAUUUUUUAACAUAACCGUCGUAAAAUAUACGAGUUUUCAAUUAGAUCUUGCAAGCAAAUUGUUCAAAUCUUGCUGCGAAAUUACAUUCGAUGGGGCAGUCGAUUUUCUAAGAUUUAGUGAAGAAUAGUAGAAUACAAGAUUCUGAAGA